AAAGCGGAGGCAAGAGGCAUCGAGAAGAGAAGGAAGAGGGGAUAUUGGCGGAUUUGGAGCUUGAUCUUGGGAGGAGCUACUUGCCCGAGAGAGGGAAAGAGACGAUUGAGAUGGCGGCGCGGAAGCAGGGGAAGACCAACUUCGCCGUCACCUGCAACCUCCUCAGCCAGUACAUCAAGGAGAAGGGGAGAAUCGCCGACUUGGGGCUCGGGAUGGCGCCCCGACCCCAAGACGCCACCAAAGGCAAAUCGGAAGCGUUUCGGCCGCCUACCACCAUAAGCCUGUUGCCGGGAGCGGACGUCUCGAGCGGAGAGGGCGAGCAGGAAGAAGGCGUUUUCAUGGAGCUGUUUCCCGAGCGUGCCGGCUUCGGCCCCUCCCAUGCGGCGGUGCCGGAAAAUGCCAGGGAACAAGAAAGAGCCCCACUCACGAUCUUCUACGGAGGGAAGGUGUUGGUGUUCGACAAUUUUCCACUCGAGAAGGCCAAGGAUCUGUUUCAGCUUGCAAGCAGAGGGAACUCAACUGCACAAAACUUUGGCAAUCUACCAAGAACAGCACAGCCUAAUCUUUCUUAUCUUCCUAUCGCUAGAAAGGUUUCGCUCCAGCGAUUCCUCGAGAAGAGAAAAGAUCGGAUCCAUUCAAGAGCACCAUAUCAGGUUUCAUCCUCUCCUGGAAUGGUCACUCCUGUGAAGCAAGAGAACAGAUUAUGGCUUGCCUUGGGUCCUCAGGAGGCUAAGCUCUGAGCACAGCAGAUAGGAGAUCAUGCCAAGCUCAAAUGAUGCCCGGCUUGAAGAAAACCACUGUAAAAACUUUGUAUCGUUGUCGCUGAUGACUUAGAUUUCUGAAUUCUUUCUUAACACUCUGUAGCUAAUUUUUCCAUAUAGAAAUCAAGGAAACUUGUGAAUGUACAUCCACUUAUUUCAGAUUUUGCUAGCAGGAAUGCUGUUCAAUUC